GCCACCGCGCCCCAGCCAAUGGUCUGCGUGUGCAUCAUUUUAUGACAGAUGACAGAACUCCAAGGCAAUGGCACGCCGCCCAGCUAGCUACUGGAUUGCUUGCUUUAUCUUGGUCACUCGGGCUGUUUGCUGGAUACUUGAUUACCAUGAAGAUUCCCGUAUAAAAAUCCCUUCUGCAGGAGGCAAAGUGCAGAAGCAACUUGGCAGCGGAUGAGAGCUGAGCGCCAGGGCAGCAAUACCGGUUCUAUCUCAGACACACUGACAGACAAACAGACAGAUAGACAGACAGACAGACAGACAGACACGCAGACACAGCAGAGGCGCAGCAACGAAGCCACAGAAGAGGCCACCAUGCUUCCAGCCCAUUGUAUGGUGUCCUGUUUGCUUAUCAGCGCAGUCACCAGUACAACACCAGCGGAGUCCUCCUCCUCUGCUCCUGUCUCGUUACUUACCAGCACAACACCAGCAGUGUCCUCCUCCUCACCUCCUGUCUCGUCACUUACCAACACAACACCAGCAGAGUCCUCCUCCUCACCUCCUGUCUCGUCACUUACCAGCACAACACCAGCAGAGUCCUCCUCCUUACCUCCUGUCUCAUUACUUACCAGCACAACACCAGCGGAGUCCUCCUCCUCACCUCCUGUCUCGUCACUUACCAGCACAACACCAGCAGAGUCCUCCUCCACUGCUCCUGCCUCAUUACUUACCAGCACCAUCUACAAUGACACUGCUCACAGCACUGAAACUCCAGCGCUCCCCACCACGUCCACAAGUACAGAGCAGGCUUCCAGCACUUCCUCUCCCACCACAGUGCCCACCACCGAGGGAGAGGGGCUGUGGGCCGGGGAUAUUGUCGGGAUCACCGUGGGAAGCGUGGCUGGGGUGGCAGUAUUUGGUGUCGGGAUUGCUGUUGGACUAAAGUUCCUGGGGAAAGGAUUCAACACAGUCCAGCCCAACAGAGGGAGCCCUCCCAGUGACAUCCAGCUGGAGUGCGGGGACAAGACAGCGGAGCGGAACACAGAGGAAGUGACGGGGGAAGCGGGUCCGAGCGAAGACCCUGGAGUGGGAGACUGAAGAUUCCCAGUCAGGUCCUUCUUAACAGCUAGGUUUUUUUUUUUGUUCGAUAUCUUCAUUUGAAAUCUGCUAUCUUUGUUCUUCCGGUUGCUGUUGUUGUACUGGGUUUUUAUGGAGCCUUGUCAUCAUGCAGCCGUCAAAGUGCGUGUAACCCUUAGAAAAGUCUCCCAUAGUAAAAGCAUAGCAAAGUGUAACUGAGCAUAGUGAAAGCAUGGGAAAGCACAGGCAUGCAUUGUGAAGAACAACAAGAGAUGCAAAAAUACUGUGCAAAAAUACUCCAGUAAGCUUUUAUAAGGGAAGGCUCUAAAAAAAACCUGGUAUAACAGCAGCAAACAAAUGUAUAAAAAUAAAAUCAUUCAGAAAACAGAAUGUGGUCAAGUCAGAACCUUCAGUUAGCACUGGUGUAACUAAUAUUGGUUCCCUUGAAUAUUUGUUCCCAUCAGCAAACAUUUGUUCCCCCCCAACAUGUGUGUUUGUUAUUUAUCCUAUUUUUAAGUGCUGCAUGCGUAAUGCUAUAAAUGAGAGCACUGUAGCCAGGCUGUUAUCGUGUAUUAUUGUAAGGGAGACGGGACCUCUCAGAGGGGACUGGGUUAGGGUUAGGGUUAGGGAGAGUGGUCUUAAAAUUAAGGUUUUAGUUGAAGUGCAUUGAUAUAGACUUAUAUGCAAAGAAAGAUGACUUUGUUACAAAAUAAUAAGAGGGUACAAAUAUUCGGAAGGGGAACCAAUAUUCCCGAAAAUUGUUUCUAAGGGAGAACGAAUAUUCAUUCCUGGAGGAACAAAUAGCCAGCGGGAACAUAUAUUCAUCAAUCCAGUCUGUAUAGAAGAGUGACUCUAGUCUUUCAUGAACAGGUCAUUUCACGCUCCAGUAUGUGAUUUUAAAAAGGAUAUUCAAACAUGAAAAACCCACGCUGGUCCCCGGCAGCGCUAACUAGAAAAGAGGGCUACUGAAUACAUUCUCUGGCAAAUCAGGGUUCAAAUAAAAUCAAUAACUACCAGAACAAGGUGUUCGGUGUGUCUUGUAAUAAAAUGAUUUUCUAUGCU